CUGACGCAGCGCGCCCAAGAUGGCGGCGUGGUCGUCGUCGGGGGUGGUGGCAGCAAAGGGGGUGGCAACGGUGGUAGCAGCGAGGGCGGCAGCCUUAACGGCGGUGGUAGCAGCGAGGAACCUGGGACAGGGGGAAUGAGGCAACUGCUGCGGAUUAGUGGCGCAGCCGUCUAGCGGAGAAGCGGAUCACUCUCCCUGCUUCUCUUUACUGAGCCGGGAACGCGCGUGUGCGCGUGCACGGCCGUCCGGAGCGGGCUCCUCACCCUCUACUCCCGCGACCCGCACCGCACUCCCACCCGGGCUCGGAGGAUGAUGAAGCUCAAGUCGAACCAGACCCGCACCUAUGACGGCGACGGCUACAAGAAGCGGGCCGCAUGCUUGUGUUUCCGCAGCGAGAGCGAAGAAGAGGUGCUACUCGUGAGCAGUAGUCGCCAUCCAGACCGAUGGAUUGUCCCUGGAGGAGGCAUGGAGCCUGAAGAGGAGCCGAGCGUGGCAGCAGUUCGUGAAGUCUGUGAGGAGGCUGGAGUAAAAGGGACAUUGGGAAGAUUAGUUGGAAUUUUUGAGAACCAGGAGAGGAAGCACAGAACGUAUGUCUACGUGCUCAUUGUCACGGAGGUGCUGGAAGACUGGGAAGACUCGGUUAACAUCGGAAGGAAGAGGGAGUGGUUUAAGAUAGAAGAUGCCAUCAAAAUGCUGCAGUACCACAAACCCGUGCAAGCGUCGUAUUUUGAGACAUUGAGGCAAGGCUACUCCGCCAACAACGGCACCCCAGUCGUGGCCACCACCUACUCGGUUUCUGCUCAGAGCUCCACGUCGGACAUCAGAUGACUGAAGACCUGGAAGAGGAUGGAAAUUGGAAACUAGACUGAAGUGCAGACCUGACCUUCCCUCUCACCCUUGCUCUUCUCACCCCUCCUCACGGGCCUCCUCUCUCAAAUAAGGCAUGAUGGCAGCAGAGAAAGUGUUCAUUGAAAGUGUUGCUGUUUGGUGUUAAAUGACGGGGCUUUUCUUCUCUUUUAUUGAGGGGCUGUAAUUUGUAAGUACUCUUGUGCAUGAUCUGCCCCCGCCUGGGCACACUCCUACGUUCUCUACACAGAGGCAAACAGCCUCCCUCUACCUUGGAUUCUGAAGUUUUCCUGUAUUUCUCAUUCUAGCCCUGGCCAGGCUUUUUUCUUUUAUUUUUAAUUUUUUUUUUAAUUAAAAGAUACCAAUAUGAGAUGAAACCUUUUAAGAAUUUGUUCUAUAAUGUGCUAUUCAGUCCAGUAGGUUGGUUCCUUUCACUGCAGGAUACACUUGGAUACAUUUAUCUACACAUUAUAUACUGGGCAUAUAAUAUGUAAAUAAAUGACUUUUAGAAGAGGAAUUUAACUGUU